AUGAUAACGAUGUUCAUCCAACUGCGCCGCGUGGUGUACCUGUUGGUACUUCUGCAGUGUUGUGCGUGUGUGGCAUAUGCGCAAAGUGGUGAUACGACCCCAACAGAUUCUGAGGAAAAGAAAAUUAUACAGAACCUGACUGAAUUGAGAGCUAAGAUGGAAAAGAAGAAGGAUGAAAUUAAUGUUAUCCUUGUGUCAUUAAAAAGCGUAAAGAAUGAAUGCAGUGAAGCGUCGAAGCGUGCUCAGAAUGCAGCAAAGACGGCCGAAGAACUUGAAAGCGUUGUUAUGAAUACUUCAGUCCUUAUUUUGCAGUCAUCUGAAAGUUUGAAUGAGAGUGAAGUAAAAGAGGAGUUAAGGAAUGCAGUUUAUGCUGUAAGAGAGGCCACUAAUGCCGUUGAAAAGACAAAUUUGAUAGCUGAAAAAAUAAGCAAUUUGGCGCAUGAAAUUCAAAAGGGGGAAAUUGAUUUGGUUAAAGUGGUGGAUGAUGUUGAGUGGAUUACUGAUGAUUACAUUAACAAUGAAGAUGAAACGAGUCUCUCAGGGGGUAAGAAAAAAAUACAGCAAUUGGCUAAAGAGUGCAAGAAAGAAACGAAGGAAGUAGAUACUUUCCUUCAGCAUGUCAAUGAGGACACUAGAAGUGCUCGCAGUUUAGCGGAGGAGGCCCAGAAACAGGCGGAAGCUGCCUCCGCUGCAGCAGAGUAUCUUCAGAAAAUCAUUGAUGAUAUUUUCGAACGGCGCCCUCAGAUUAAAGCAGAUCUGGAACGUGAAAUUGAGGAGGAGAAUCAAAGAUUAACUGAUACCACGACAGCAAAUGAAGGUAAGGAACCACUGGACAAUAAUGAGGUGUUAGACGGUGCACUUCCAAAUAAACAGAAUGAGACGGGAAGCCACGCAAAUGCCCAACAGCAGCAGAAUCAACAGAACUCUGAGAAUAAAAAUGAAGAAAGCAAUGUUGAAACACAAGAGAAUAAUAAUAGUUCUCAGAGCAAAACUCCAACACCCAGUAAUUCAUCUGCUUCUGGAUCCUCGCCAUCACAAAACACGCCGACUAAUACUUCU